GCUGAGGCAUUUUCCACGGGGCGCUCUGAUAUCGUACGCUGUCCAUUCUCUGGCGCGACACGUGGGAGAAUUAUCGCCCAGCAGGCAGCGAUAGGCAAAGAAGCCCCAAUUAUCUAUUGCCAGAACAACAGCGUUGGGCCGGAAAAGGGCGUCCGGAAUGCAGCGCAACCAUGACCGGUUCGAGGCAUUUCAGCGCGCUCGGCAGCGGGAUGUCCUUGCAGCUGGGCAACACGUGUAUUUGCGGGGUGUUGUCCUUGGUUGCUUUUGCUAUGCGGACACGAUGCCAGUCAUUGGCAGCACAGAGGGCAUGCUUCCGUGGACCCCUCAAGGCGUGCCUGUCAUCCGCGCAUUACCCCUCCCGCUAUUUCACGCGGCACGCAGCUCCUGGCAGAGGGCGAGAUCGGAGGGCUCUGGGGGCCGACCGCGCGAGCGAUAAGGCCAAUGGUGUUGGGGCUGGCGGCGGGUGGUGAUAUGGUUGGCACGAUAGAUAGGUGUGCGUCGGUUGGACGCGGAGCAAAGGGAGGGCCUCCGGGCUGCCGUGGCGCCGCCGACGGAGGUGAGACCUUUGUUGACGCUGUUGACGAGGGCCGGAGCGAGGACAUGUCACGACGAUAGCGACAUUUCCCGUGGGCAAAAGCAGCUCUGCCCUGGCGUGCGCAUGGCAAGCGAGGUGUGACUGG